AUGGAUAGCGCGGAUUCGGCUUCGCCGAGGUGCCACGCUCAGCAUCAACAGAAGGAUGCCGGAGAACUCAAGGACCAGAAUAGCACCAGCAAGAUGCAGUCCAGUGCUACUGAGCUUCCUCCAUGCUCCUUGAAGCGUGAGGUCCAAGUCCUUGAAAAGCGACUAAAUGAUCAAUUCGUCAUGCACCGUGCUCUUGAGAAAGCACUAGGUUACAAGCCUUGUACUAUUCAUGCAUCAAGCGAGAACUGCAUUCCAAAGCCGACUGAGGAGCUAAUAAAGGAGAUUGCAGUACUCGAGCUAGAGGUCAUAUGCUUGGAGCAACAUCUCCUAACACUAUACAGAAAGGCUUUUGAACAACAAUUUUCCCCUGUGAAUUCUGCUUGUGAUGUCGAAAGUAACAAGCAGCCAGCUAGGUCUUUUUCAGGCAUACUAUCUGAAGCUUCAGAGCUCAACUUCUCCACCCCAAGGAAGCACCAACUAAUCCAGUCCAGUCGAAUGGUCAUGGCACGCAAGUCCACACCUACAGCUUCUACGAGCGAGACUAGCAAUGAAAAGAUCAAUAUUGGACGCAGCCAUUCCUCGCUCCUGCACCGUUCAGUUAGGGUAUCUCCGUCAGCAAACAACCUUGCUAGAGCUCUGAAACCAUGCCAUACUUCACCUCUAUCUUUUGUUGAGGAAGGAAAGUGCAUGGAUCCUGGCAUUGUAAGUUUGGCAGACAUCUUGGGGACCAGGGUUGCAGACCAUGUUCCUCAAACGCCUAACAAGAUAUCUGAGGACAUGAUCAAAUCCAUUGCGGCCAUAUACUUAAGGCUGAGAGACGUCCCUGCCGUGCAGCAUGCCUUCUUCCCCUCACCGUGCUCAUCCUUUUCUUCAGCAAGUGGACUAUCUUCUAAGUAUACUGCAGAUAUAUGGAGCCCCAGGUGCAGGAAAGAGAGCUUCAUCGAGGCGUGGCAGGACAACGAACUAGGCAAUGGUGAAUCAAGGGAGCUUGGGCUGCAAUAUGAUUCUGUGAUAGAGGUGUCUGCUCUUUGCAAGGGUGAUCAGAGGUCUGCUGACGUUAAGGAUAUGUUGCGCAAAUAUAUGUCACUUGUACAGCUUCUAGAAAGUGUUGAUCUCAGUGGAAUGAAAAACGAAGAGAAGCUUGCUUUCUGGAUCAAUGUGCAUAAUGCGAUGAUGAUGCAUGCCCAUAUCGAGUACGGGAUUCCACAGAGUAACAGCAAAAGGAUACUGCUUACCAAGGUAUCCUACAUCAUUAGUGGCCAAAGAGUAAACGCGGAGCUGAUAGAGUACCAGAUCCUGUGCUGCCGAGCACACUCUUCUGGACAGUGGCUUCGGCUGCUGCUCUACCCGAAAUGGAAGUCCAGCAGGGACAAGGACGAGCUGCAAGGCUUCGCCGUGGACCGCCCCGAGCCGCUGGUGCACUUCGCACUGUCCUCCGGUAGCUACUCGGACCCAGUGGUGCGGCUGUACAGCCCGAAGAGGCUGUUCCAGCAGCUGGAGGCGGCGAAGGAGGAGUACAUCCGCGCCAACGUGGGCGUCCGCGGGCGGGGUCUGCACAAGAUCAUCCUCCCCAAGGCCCUGGAGCUGUACGCGCGGGACGCCGGGCUGGGCGCGCAGGAGGUGGUGGCCGCGGUCGAGUGCCACCUGCCCGAGGGCCUCCGGGACGCCGUGCGCCGGAGCCAGCAGCAGGCCGGGCGGGCGCGCGGCAGGGGCGGCGGCGGCGGCGGGGGCGGCGUGGAGUGGAAGCCCCACAACCUCGCGUUCCGGUACCUGCUGGCCAAGGAGCUCGUCGGCGGGUCCCCCACGUGCAGCCGGCCGCUCGAGAAAGGCGGCCCCGUCAGUGCGCCGCUGCGUGCUGAUCUGUGA